AUGACAUUGGCCGGAUUCAUCACGUUCACCAGAGUCCUCAUUGGAUUAAUCGCGGUGGCUGUCUUUGGCCUCGACCAAUACUUUCUCCGCAUCUACCGCAACAACGAUCAAGUAGUUUUCCACUGGCGAUUCUACUCCCAAAUCGGGAUUUCUGGAGUCCUCUUCCUUUUUGUCAGUAUCUCUGAAGUUGUCUACCGCAUUAGCCGCUACAACAACAGAAGUGACUACCUUGACGGCGGAUGGGGCGGUGAGGCUCCCAAAGUCAAGCGAGGAUGCGGAAAACGCUUCUUGAUUAUCUUCCGCUUCAUCUGGGCCAUGGUCUUUGCAGCGGGUAUCACGGCCUGGGUGGUCCCUGUCUGGCUGAACAAUCAGCGCAUCAUGUUCAGCAUCCCUGUCGGUCGCAACACCCCCGAGGCUGAUGCUUACCGUACCAACCACAAGAAUGGCGAUUGGAUCAACCCCAACAACAUCUUUGACUGCCCUGCCUGGAAGGACGGCGAGCCUUUGACUUAUCUUUGCAAGUUUGACGAGCAGGCCUUGUACUGCUCCGCCGGCCUCGCCUUCUUUGCCUUUGUUGAGGGUGUUCUCACCUUGAUCGUCGAAUCUCGCCGCCGCCGCCGCCGUGUCGAUUACCACCACCAGCCUUACACUAUGAGCCCUGCCCCUGGUGCCGGUCCCAACCCCUAUAUCACCGCCAACGCCGGCCAUGUCGUCCCCAUGGAUACCUUGAACAAUACCAAGGCUAUUACCGAGGAAGAGCCCAAGAGCAUCUUCCGCAGCUUGAAGGAACACAUCCGCCGCGACGAGAUCUACGACAACGAGAACCACAACAACUACGGCUCUUCCGGUUACAACCCCAACUCUACCUAUGUCGUCGAAGCCCACCACGUCGGACAUGAGUACACCGACCGCUCCUUGCCCCCACUCCCUGCCCGCCCUACCACCGAGGAAGAGAGACACCGUCGCGAGGAGGAAGAGGAAGAAGUUCGUAGCGAUUCUGCCAUGAUCCCCAAGGUGGCUCCUGUUGUCCCUGUUGAUGGCCCUGUUCCUACUGGCACCAACCCCUUCUUGAACGAGGACCAGUCGCAGCAGCAGCAGCUUGCCUAUGCCCAGGCUGCUGGAAGGUCUUCUCAGAGCCCUUACCAUGCCGCCGACAUCAAGCGCGCCGAUGGUUACUAA